CACAAUGAGCUGCUCUCCGGGGUCCGGUCACUAGCUUAGCUUCACUUUAAUAUAUGCACAGUCCGCACUACUGUAGCACAUCUCUGUUUUCUCACUUGAGAGGAUUUAGGAGUGGUGGUAUACCCAUCGAGAAUCCAUAUAUAGGAACGCCGCUGCUACCAGUCCUAGGAGCAGCAGCUACCUUGGCAUACACAAUAUUAUAUACCUCGAUGGAGAGAGCCUCGUCGACGUGGUUCCAUGCGCAAGCGGCGGCCGCGGCGGAGGCGGAUCUAUUGCUGGCGUCGACGCCGGUGGGCCGAAGGCUAGACCGGUACGACGAGGAAGCGCAGACGGUGUGCGUGGACGGCAAGAAGGUGCGGCUGUUCCAGUGCCUCUUCUGCGACAAGACUUUCCUCAAGUCGCAGGCGCUCGGCGGCCACCAGAACGCGCACCGCAAGGACCGCCUCGCCGGAUUCCUCGGCGACCCCUACAGCAACGACACCCCGUUGGGAGGUGCCGCCACCGGGCCGUCGCGCGAUUCCGCCGCCGGCUGGUCCAUGUGCACUUAUAUCACCUCGCACGGCGGUGGUGCCGCAGCGGCUCCAGCCACCGAUGACUGCAGGCUGGAGAGGUGGGGAGGCGGCCGCGCUCCACGCUUCGUGGAACCCGCGCCGGUCAUGGACCCAUCCACUGGCCGCGACGGCGUGGUGGGCUGGUCAAGGGCCUCCAUCCCUAGCAGCGGCGGCGGCGAGGCGCUGGACCUCGAGCUGCGCCUCUAGUUAGCUAGCGUCGCCCGGCCGGCUAUUGCCGAUCAUAUUGCACAGGUGUCGCGGACGGAAACAUUGAGGAACAAAUAUAAUCUUCUAUGUGGGCGAUCGAACUUGUAUCACCACACCGGCUGCUCUCGGUACAUUUGUGUUCUUGCGUCAUAUUGCAGGCAGCUAGUUGGCAUUGUGGUUUCACCGGUUAAUAUUCCUCAAAUAAUUUAUAUUAAUAUAAUAUUCCUGGUACAUCAAUCCGUACGGCAUGUAAUAACGGCUCGAUUGUAAUAAUAUCAGUGUACCUGUUGCUUCUCCGUUCUUCGUU